GCUACGGAGGGGCGGGACGGAGCAGCCCGCCCCAAAGUGGCGGUUUACUUGAGGCGGUUACCUUAGUACACCGAGUAGACUGAGUCUGUGGCGAAUUGCGGGCCGAUUCCCGGCCAGUGCCAUCUCAGCCGGAGUGGACCUCGGGGCCUCAGAAGCAGACUUUUAUCUGGCCCGAGGCUCCCAGCCGUUCAGCGCGUCUUCCCAUAACCGGAUACCGAUUAUUGGGACUCUCAGCUGCAGACACAGGAGUCACAGAUGCUGGGAAGUAUGGCCCCAAAGAAACCUCGAAAUACCACAAGGUUGCCCCUGGCUUUAAACCCCCUGAAGAGCAAGGACGUGUUGGCAGUGCUGGCUGAGAGGAACCAGGCUAUAGUACCAGUUGGGGCAUGGGUGGAACCUGCCUCACCAGGUAGCUCGGAAAUCCCAGCAUAUACAUCAGCAUAUUUGAUUGAAAAAGAACUAAAGGAACAGCUAAGAAGAAAACAAGAAGCUUUGAAACAUUUUCAGAAGCAAGUUAAAUACCGAGUAAAUCAACAAAUUAGGUUGAGAAAAAAGCAGCAGCUUCAGAAGUCUCAUGAAAGAGCAGAAAAAGAAGGCUCUGUAGCCAUGCAGUCUUCAGCAGCACGCUUAACUUCCAAAAGGACAAGUGUUUUUCCAAACAAUUUGAAUGCUGCUAUUGGAAGUUCUAGGUUACCUCCUUCCCUGAUGCCUGGGGAUGGAAUAGAGGAUGAAGAGAAUCAGAACGAAUUAUUCCAACAAGCCCAGGCUCUUAGUCAAACUAUGAAACAGGCACGUCACCGGCUAGCAUCCUUUAAAACUGUGAGUGAAAAAAAGGGAUCAGUGUUUCCAGAUGAUGGAAGGAAAAGCUUUCCCACCCGAGAGAAAGUGCUUUCUAGGAAACCAGCAUCCACUGGGAUAAAUACAGGAAUAAGAGGAGAGUUGCCCAUUAAGGUUCAUCAAGGUCUUUUAGCUGCUGUACCUUACCAGAAUUAUAUGGAAAAUCAGGAACUUGACUAUGAGGAACCUGACUAUGAGAAAUCUUCAUCUCUUGUAACUGAUGAGAAAGCGAAAGAAGAUUUAUUUGGGAGAGACCAGCAGGACCAGCAGGAUAUCCUUUCCGAAGAUAAGAACGAACCUUUCAGCAGAGUUCAGAAAGUAAAAUUCAAAAAUCCAUUAUUUGUUCUGAUGGAAGAAGAACAACAAAAGCAGAUACAUUUUGAGGGCCUUCAGGAUAUUCUGCCAGAAGCUCAGGAUUAUCUUCCAGAAGCCCAAGGUGAUUUGCUGGAAACCCAGGGUGAUUUGACAGGAAUCCAGAGUGUUGAGCCAGAUACCCAGGCUGUUGAGCUGAAGGUUCAGAUUACUGAGCCAGAAGGCCAGGCCACUGAGCCAGAAGGCCAGCCUAUUAAGACAGAAACUCAGGGUAUUAUGCUGAAAGCCCAGAAUAUUGAGCUAGAAGAAAGGAGUAUUGUGUUGGAAACUCAGGAUUUUCUACCCCCAAAUCAGGCUUUUCUAACUAAAAACCAGGAUGUUUUACUCAAAGACCACUGUGUUCUCCCUAAAGACCAGAAUAUUCUACUCAAAUAUCAGGACCAGGAUUUCCUACCCAGAGACCAACAUGUUCUCCCCAAAGACCAAGAUAUUCUACCUAAAUAUCAAGACCAGGAUUUUCUACCUAAAGACCAGGAUUUUAUAUGUAGAGACCAGCAUGUUCUCCCUAAAGACUGGAAUAUUCUACCCAAACGUCAGGACCAGGAUUUUCUACCCAGAGACCGAGGUUAUCUUCCCAAAGACCAAAAUAUUCUACUCAUAUGUCAGGACCGGGAUUUUCUCCCCAGAGACCUGCAUGUUCUCUCCAGCGACCAGAAUAUUCUAUCCAAAUGUCAGGACCAAGAUUUUCUACCAAAAUAUCAGAAAGUACACUUUAAGGAGCCAUACUCUGAUAUGACAGAUGAGAAAGGGAGAGAAGACUUGUCUCUGGCAGAUUAUCAGUGUUUGCCUCCCAAAUCCCAGGACCAGGAUGACAUCAGAAACCAGCAACCUGCAUCUUUUAUGAGAGAAGAGAGAGUGAGAGAAGAAUUGCCUCUGGACUGUCAUCAAUAUGUUGUACCUAAAAUCCAGGACCAAGACUCUCCUAGAGAACAGAACAAGCAUUUCAAACCACCCUCAUCUUUUGAGAAAUGGGAGAUUGCAAGAGGAAAUACUCCUGGAGUGCCAUCGGCUUAUGAUGGAUAUCGAUCAGGAUUGAGCACUGAAUUCCAAGCUCCACUCGCAUUUCAGUCUGGCGUAGAUAAAGAAGAAGAUAAGAAAGAGCGUCAAAAGCAGUACCUGAGACAUAGACGACUUUUCAUGGAUAUUGAGAGAGAACAAGUAAAAGAACAACAAAGGCAAAAAGAACAAAAGAAGAAAAUUGAAAAAAUUAAGAAAAAGAGAGAGCAAGAACGUUAUGCUGAAGAGCAGAGGAUCCUAAGAAUGAACUUUCAUGAAGAUCCAUAUUCAGGAGAGAAAAUGAGUGAGAUAUUAGCCCAGUUACAACUUGAAGAAAUAAAAGGAGCCAGAGAAAAACAACAACAGAGAGAAAAAGAAUACCUGAGAUAUGUAGAAGCUUUACGAGCCCAAAUCCAGGAGAAAAUGCAGCUGUAUAAUAUUACUUUACCUCCACUAUGUUGUUGUGGUCCUGAUUUUUGGGAUGCUCAUCCUGAUACCUGUGCCAACAACUGUAUUUUCUAUAAAAACCACAGGGCAUAUACUCGGGCACUACAUUCAUUCAUCAAUUCCUGUGAUGUCCCUGGGGGUAAUUCAGCUCUUCGAGUCGCAAUUCAUAAUUUUGCUUCUGCACACAGGCGGACUUUGAAAAAUCUAUAAUAAGAAUCUGAAAUUAACUGGUAUUAUUUUGGCUUUUACUUAAAAUCAGCCCUGAGAGAUUAUUUAAGAAAAGCUGUUCAAGUUAUAAAAUAUAUACUCUGGAAAGAAAUACUGUCUCAUGUAAUAACUGUCUUUAUAAUUAGAUUGUAAUCAUUGUUUUAAUCUGCCUUGGAACCAAGAUUGAAAGCUGACUUACUCGUCUCUUCUUUCUUGUGAACCAUAUGGAGCCUAUUAUUUUAAAAUAUGAUCAGACAAGUAAGGCUUCUCUUACUUUGCUCUGCUCUGAUCAGAGAGCUCAUGUGAAAUCUUUGAGAUUCUCUCAUUUAUCAUCUUUCUAAAACUGUGUUUUUGAGCUUGACAAUACUAAAAAUGUCUGGAUGAAGCAGAAAAGAAAGUGAUGAAAUGUGUUUCUGAACAUCAGUGGCCAUCUAUAUUGCCAUUACCUUUUCUAGAUGUAUAUAAGAAUUCAAGAUUAUAAGAAUUUAAAUUUGUUGCACUUUUUUUUCUCAAAAUUUUUUCUCUUGUUUUUAAAAAUAUAUUGCCUCUUUCCCCAUUCAGUGACACUAGACAUAGGAAUUUUUAAUUGUGUAAUUUUCUGUUGCAGAAAAGGUAAAUAAAUCCUUUGUCUUUUGAAUAUC